AAUAUAAUAACAUAAGAACCAACCAUUGCCAGUUCUGCCUUGUACCACCAUAAAUUAAAAUUCCCUUAUCCAUCCUUAAACAUGGAGAAAACUCUCUACUUCUAUGCUAAACUUUUGUUGUUACAUUCUUUAAUGGCUUCCUUAACUGCAUUAGCCGCCGCCGCCACCACCAACACCACCACAGAUCUUUCUGUCCUUCUCUCAUUGAAAUCCCAUAUUAUUACUACUACUGAACAUUAUAACAUGUUGUCACAUAACUGGUCAAGUGAUACAUCAAUUUGCCACUGGGCAGGAGUGACCUGUAGUACUAGCCAAAGAGUGACUGGAUUAAACAUUUCUAACAUGGGUAUUACUGGAACAGUUCCUCCACAACUAGGAAAUCUUUCUUUUCUUGUUUCCUUGGACUUGCAAGGCAACAAAUUUGGAGGAGAAUUGCCUACAUGGUUUCAUUUGUUGCCAGAGUUGAAAUACUUGUCUCUUGGAAAUAACAGCUUUAAUGGAAAUAUUACUGGUUCUCUCUUUAGCUCAAAGAAAUUACAUACUUUAAUUCUAUCCUAUAAUUCUCUUCAAGGUCCAGUUCCAAGAGAGUGCGGAAAUGCAACGUUACUGGAAAUAUUAAACCUUGGGCAUAACAAGUUGACAGGUGUGAUUCCAGAUGAGAUUGGUAAUCUUCAUAACCUAAAAAUGCUAGUCAUGACAAGUAAUGACUUGGAAGGCUCUAUACCAUUGAAUGUAUUCAACAUUUCCUCAUUGGAAGUUAUUGAUUUAUCAAACAAUAGCCUUUCAGGGACUCUCCCACAAAGCCUUUGCUUUAAUCUUCGAACACUUGGAGAGCUCUCCCUAGAUACAAACAAUUUACAUGGCCAUCUACCCACCAGUUUAUCGGGAUGUUCAGCACUUCAAACUUUGUCACUUUUUGAAAAUGAAUUUAGUGGAUCCAUACCCAGAGAAAUAGGAAAUCUUACUCUUCUCAAAACUCUGUUUCUCAUGGGCAAUAAUUUGACAGGUGUAAUACCAGCGGAAAUGAAGAACCUCCACAAAUUAGAGCUGUUUUUAUUAAGUUAUAACAUGUUAACCGGUCCCAUUCCUUCAGGAAUUUUCAAUAAUUCAUUUCUAAAAAUGAUUGAUCUUACUGGAAACCACAUCACUGGCAAUCUUCCAUCAACCAUAGGAUAUGGAUUGCCCAAUAUUCAGAGGAUUCAUCUUGUCCAAAACAAUAUGGAUGGAGUUAUACCUAGUUCCAUCUCAAAUUGUUCUGGACUUACUCAUCUGGAUAUUCAACGAAAUGAGUUUCGAGGUAUAAUUCCAGACUCUCUUGGUAAUUUAAGAUUACUGGAAUGUCUUGGCCUAGCUGGAAACAAUUUCCAAGCUGAUUUGUCGUUGAGUUUCAUCACCUCCUUGACAAAUUGUAGAUACUUAACAGACUUGUGGAUAAGCCAGAAUCCGUUAAAUGGAAUUCUUCCAUCUUCUAUUGGAAAUGUUUCCAGCACUCUAAGAGUUUUCCAUGCUUCUAACUGCAAACUGAAGGGAAGAAUUCCAAAAGAAAUUGGAAACUUGAGCCAAUUAAUUAAGUUAGACUUAAUGGGUAAUGACUUAAUUGGUUUAAUUCCAUCAACAAUAAGAGGGUUGAAGCAACUUCAGGGAUUAAGAUUACAGGGAAAUAAGAUUGAGGGAUCCAUUUCAGAGGGUCUUUGUGAAAUGCAAAACUUGGCGUAUUUGCACUUGGGCCAAAAUUUUCUUAGGGGGCCAAUUCCAGAAUGCCUUGGGAGUGUUACUUCAUUGAGGAGUAUCUUUCUAGGUUCUAAUGGAUUAACAUCAACAAUACCUACAAAUAUUUGGAACCUCAAAGACCUCUUAGAGCUUAAUGUGUCAUCAAAUCACUUGAACGGGUUGUUGCCCCUGGAGAUGGGGAACUUACAAGCUAUAACGGUUUUGGAACUGUCGAACAAUGAUUUCACGGGAGAAAUCCCUGACUUUGCAGGAGGAUUGCUGGCCUUAACCACUCUUUCCUUAGCAAAUAAUAAAUUUGAAGGACCGAUUCCUGAACCAAUGGGUAGAAUGUUGAGCUUGGUACUGCUAGAUCUUUCUCAUAACAGGCUCUCUAAGGAAAUCCCCAAAAGCUUUGAGACACUCAAGUACCUCAAGUAUUUCAAUGUGUCUUUCAAUGAGUUAAGUGGAGAAAUCCCAACUAGUGGCCCAUUCAGAAACUUCACGGGUCAAUCCUUCUUGUUUAACGCUGCAUUAUGCGGUGAUCCUAGGUUCAACGUUACGUCUUGUACGACCAGUGGAGCAAAAAGGAAGAGAAUUAUUGUAGCUGUAUGUGCAUCAAUGGGAAUGGCGUUGAUGGUUAUUCUGCUGACCCUAGCAUAUUUGCUAGUUAAAUUGCGAGAUAGAAAUAAGCUUCCACGCCAAAAAGAUAUAGAAUUAGAGAUAUCCAGAAGAUUAUCGUACUUUGAACUGGUAAAAGCUACUGGUGGAUUUAGCCAAUGCAAUUUGAUUGGCUCUGGGAGCUACAGUUCUGUAUACAAAGGAGUUCUUGCCAACGGAAUGAUUUUAGCUGUUAAAGUUUUCAAAUUACAGUUAGAAGGCACUUUCAGUAGCUUCUACACAGAAUGUGAAGUACUACGUAGCCUCAGACAUCGAAAUCUCACUAAAGUCAUCAGUAGUUGUUCUAACCCUGAUUUUAAGGCGUUGGUGCUUGAAUACAUGUCCAAUGGGAGCCUUGAAGAAUGGUUGCAUUCAAAUGACAAUUUCCUAAAUGGCAUUCAGAGAUUGGAUAUUAUGAUAGAUGUUGCGAAUGCAUUAGAGUAUCUCCAUCAUGGCUACUCCACUCCCGUGGUCCACUGUGAUAUUAAACCUAGUAACGUCUUACUAGAUGAGGAUAUGACUGCCCAUGUGACCGACUUUGGAGUGUCAAAAUUACUAAGCGAAGGAGAGAGCAUUUCUCAUACAAAGACCCUGGCAACUUUAGGUUACAUUGCACCAGAGUAUGGACUACAAGGAGUGGUAUCAACGAAAUCUGAUAUCUAUAGCUUUGGAAUAUUGUUGAUGGAAACUUUCACAAGGAGGAGGCCAAGCAGCGACAUGUUUUCUGGAGACUUGACUCUAAAGUACUGGAUACGUGGUUCAAUGCCCAAUGACCUAAUUAAGGUCAUCGAUCCUAAUUUGCUAAGCGAAGACGAAAAACAUCUCAUGGAGAAGCUAAAAGUGUUUUCAUCUAUCAUGGAAUUGGCUCUCCAUUGCUGUGCAGAAUCACCCAGUAAGAGAAUCAACAUGAAAGAUGCUCGUGUGACUCUUGAAAAAGUCAAACUUCAGUUUAUGCAUGUUGGACAAGGACCUACCGAAUGAACACAAGAUGCAUUCUAGUUUGAUCUGUUGCCUUUUAGAUUAAUGACUAUUCUACUAUUACCCCCUUCAAUUAUAUGAUCAAAUGCUCACAACUUAGUGGUAUUAGUGAGAGUCUUCACCACAAUAUGUGUGGCUUCUUGUCGAUCCCUU